CUUUAAGAUAAGGAAGUACGUUUUUUUCUCAACUAGGCAGCCGACAAAGCCGGUAGAAGGACAAAAGCCGGGAAGUUAAAGGUUACUCUCACGAUUCACCUGAUUUGGCACAACGAAAUAACCGAAAGAAAUUAUGAGUGGGGACAUUGAGAAGGGAAAAAAGACCUUUGUCCAAAAGUGUUCCCAGUGUCACACUGUAGAACAAGGCGGAAAGCAUAAAACUGGACCCAACUUAUGGGGCCUCUUUGGACGUCAGACAGGCCAGGCUGAUGGCUACUCUUACACAGAUGCCAACAAAAACAAAGGAAUUGUAUGGAACGAGGAGACUUUGAUGAUUUAUCUGGAGAAUCCAAAGAAAUACAUUCCUGGGACAAAGAUGAUCUUUGCUGGCAUCAAGAAGAAGAACGAGCUGACCGACCUCAUCGCAUAUCUCAAGUCAUCCACUUCCUAAACAAGACUUUCCUCUGCACAGCUUUACCUGUCUUUGUGUCGUGAGUUAAGCAGCUCAGGAGACCUUUUCAUUCCAAACUAAGGCAGAGCAGGAACCAACUAAACUGAAAUCGAAUGUCACAUAUGCUGAAA